AGUCACCUGAGUAACAAAGUUUUCCUUUCCUACAGACUUCAUAUCAGAACAGGGCGAAACGAUCGGCCGACCGACGAUGAGUGUGUCUGUUUUCGGGCCGAUUUGCGGGCAUAGAAUGCGAAUUUGAAGCGCAACCAUGGCGUCCGUGAAAGUUGCUGUCCGGGUGCGCCCGUUCAACCAAAGGGAGUUGGACAUGGGGGCCAAGGCGGUCAUCAGGAUGGACGGCAAGAAGACCCGGAUUGUCAACCUCUCAAAGAGACCUUCUCUAACAGCAAAUACCUUAUCGCCCGUGAACGAAUCAGUGGGAGACAACCCUUCUUUCAAGGACUUCACAUUCGAUCACUCGUACUGGUCCUUUGAUCCCUCCGACUCGGAUUUUGCUACACAAGAACAGGUUUUUGAAGAAUUGGGAACUGAGGUUGUUGCUAGUGCCUUUGAAGGAUACAAUGCUUGCCUGUUUGCCUACGGGCAGACUGGAAGUGGAAAAACCUUCACCAUGACUGGUCCACCUGAUAGCCCAGGUCUCAUUCCCAGGAUCUGCGAAGCCAUGUUUGGGAAAAUGCAAGAUGAGCAAGAGGAUAAGAAUUACCGAGUUGAUGUGAGCUAUCUGGAGAUUUACAAUGAAAAGGUGCGCGACCUUUUGUCUUCGACCAACCCGACAGGUGGCCUAAGGGUCAGAGAGCACCCUCGUCAAGGUCCAUAUGUAUCAGGAUUGUCGCACCACCUGGUGACUUGCUACGACCAUGUUGCUCAGCUAAUGGAACGGGGCAACAGGGCAAGAUGUACAGCUGCCACCAACAUGAACGACACAAGUUCCAGAAGUCACGCCAUAUUCACAUUAACUUUCAGACAGGCUGGCAUUGGUGCUGAAGGUCUGCCAAGUGAAACCACCUCAAAAGUCCAUCUGGUGGACUUGGCUGGUAGUGAAAGAGCAGACGCAACCGGCGCUACUGGUCAGAGACUGAAGGAAGGGGCUCACAUCAACAAGUCACUUGUCACCCUUGGAUCUGUCAUUUCGGCCCUAGCAGACAAACGACUUGGGUCUUUUGUUCCUUACAGAGAUGCAGUACUUACAUGGCUGUUGAAAGACAGUCUUGGUGGGAAUUCAAAGACAAUCAUGGUUGCAGCAAUAUCUCCGGCUGACUGCAACUACAGUGAAACUCUGAGCACCUUGCGUUAUGCAAAUCGAGCCAAGAACAUUGUCAACCAGCCCACUGUCAACGAAGAUCCCAAUGUUAGGUUGAUUCGAGAGCUCCGAGACGAAAUAUAUAAGCUGCGCGGCCUCUUGGGUGAAGAGAGCCAGCCAAAAGUGCUGGCUGAACUGCAGCAAAAGGAGGCAAAAGAGAAAAGUCUCACGGCCGAGUGGGCAGAGAAGUGGAGGGAAACCCAAGCAAUUCUGCGAGAGCAGCAGGCGCUGGGGUUGCGGAAGGCUGGACGGGGAGUCGUCCUGGACAGUGAUAGGCCGCAUCUAGUGGCCAUCGAUCAGGACGACAGACUAAGCACUGGAGUCACACUUUAUCAUUUGAAUAGAAAUGGAGACACUGUGAUAGGGGCUGCUGAUGGGGUGGACAUUGUCCUGCCUGGUCUUGAAUCGCAUCACUGCAUAGUAACCCUGAAGGAUGGAAUCGCUGUCUUGACACCAAAAAAUGGCUUCUGCAGUGUGGACGGUCUGACAAUCGACAUGUCCACGAGACUGAGUCAAGGCAGCUUGAUUGGCCUGGGCAGAGCACAUGUGUUAAGGUACAAUGACCCUGCCGAGGCUGCACAGUUGCGGAAAGAGGGCCGUGUUAUGAGCAGAAGCAGUCUGUUUGGUGGGUCAACUACUGAACUGAACCUGAACGUGGAGGAGAGGGAAUUGGAGGCGGAACGGAGGCGGUUGACACGGGAGUUCGAAGAGAGAAAGCGGCAGCUGGAUGAGGAAAGAAGACGGCUGGAGGAGAGGCAAAAAGAGGCUGAAGAACAGCUGAGAAUCAGGGAGGAAAAACUUGAAGAGCAGCGAAAGCGAAUUGAGAGCCAGAAAGAAGAGGAGCAGGAAAAGGUGGUUGAGGAGCAACACCAGCUCAAACUCCUGCAAGACGAGACCCUCCGAAGACAAGAGCUUCUAAAAGAUCUUGAUGCUCAGUUGAAUGAGGAGCAGUCUACUGAAACUCUUGAGGCUAUCCAUCAGGUGAUCAGGCUGCAGAGAGAAGAACUUCAGGAACUUGAGCAGCGUGUGGCUGAGCGCCUCAUCGCCCUCCAAGAACGACAGAACAGAGUGGCGGAGCUGGACUCUCAACUUGAGGCCGCGAGGGAAGAAGUAGAAAUGGCCAGACAGGCCUUGAAGGAGCGAACUGAGGCCGAGCUGCAGGCUAUGCACAAAAGAAGAGCUUCGCUUUCACUGGCUCUCAACGGCCGUGGCCGGUUGGGGCCUCCUUCAGACGACUCUUUCCAUACGGCCACAGACCAACCACAGACGCUAUGGCUACCUGACUCUGCAUUAAGCGAUUCUGGUCUUGGAUUGGCCUCUCCUGGAGAGGCGCUGACAAGAAAAGUGGCCGCUCAGAAAGAAAAAAUCUUAGCUGCUUUGGAGGACGAGAAUUGCGACAAGGAGGCUCUCAAUGACCAUAUCGCUCAUCUGCAGGAAUUACAGAGAGAGCAGAUCCGUCUGGAGACCAAAGCUAGUCGCAGAGAGAACAGCGGAAGUCCGGCACGCCAACCCUUAGAAGCUGAAGUGGACGAAGCUCCCUUGCCAAUGAGAUCGAUAACUUUCCGUAGACAUUCUGCCUUUGAACUUUCAUCGCCGAAUCGAAUGCCUCUCACGCCUGUAAUGUUUUCUUCCGUCACAAGCCUUGACAGAGUCACCCCUUUAGGAAGGUCACUGGUUUAUUGUUCACCACUUCUGUCCCCAGCUUCGUGCAAUUUACCAUUCCCCGACGAACUUGAUGAGACUGAACUGCGAGUCAGCGUUCCCUCGUACUUGUUGCGAGGAGCAGGAAGUGGCACACACUACGAGUAUGAGGUGCGUGUCAGUGUGGCUGGUGCUCGGUGGACUCUGCUUCGCCGCUACAAGCGUUUCAGAGAGCUCCACAUGGACAUGAAAGCACGCUACGGUGUCCAGAUAGAGGCGCUUCCCUUCCCACCCAGGAAGUUCUUCACAAAAAAUUCUGAAGCAGUUGCCAAACAAAGGAGACGGCAGCUCGAGGUGUACCUGCAAAAAUUAUUGGCUGUCUGCUCACAAUUACCUUCGUGUCCUCUGUAUCCGUGCAGAGAAACCCCAUCGCGACUAGCAUUACUUGAGUUCUCUGCCUUCUUCAGGAAAGGUGUGUUUGAAACAGGCAAAGCAGGAACAAGUUAACCAUCUAUGUAACCUAUCAAACUGUCCUGAUGUGAAAAAGGAGCACAGCAUUCCAUAUUUCAAAUCUUGUAUCUUAUCACGUUUAACUAUCAUCAUUAUUUUAACUAAUGCUAUUAUUUUUGUUUCACUGAGUCUUUACAUUAUUUUCCAACUGUCCAUCUUAGAAUUCGUAUUUAAACUAUCUCAUGCGUGUAAGCAACUCUUGUAUGUAAAAGUUUGAACUUCUCUUGACACUUAAGAGUAACAACGUGAUCGAUCCUAAGUGAAUAUUCAAGCUAGUGAAAAAUUAGGGGCAAUUUAAAGUUGAAAUGUCUUGUGCGACUGAAUCUGAGAUUUUAACUAAUUGUUGUCAAAUGAAAGAAUAUAAAUAAUAAUAAUGUUGAAUUUUAAUAAUAAAAAUUGAAAUGACAUGUAAAAUAAUCUUGAAG